CCGCAGUCAGUGUAGUUGCGUGAGUUUAUCACGACUGUGUGUCUGUGCGGUGAUAGGGUGACGUGUCUGUAAAUGAUCGGCGCUGGGUGAAUUCACGAGUCAUCGCCAUGAAGGGCACGCCAAACUCUGAGAUACUAUGCCGUAGAACUUAGGUGGUGGGGUACUGUAGCUGAGCUGCGCUCUCGAACGGCCUAGCCUAUUCCCGGCGUGUCUUUCUACUGCUGCUGCUGCUGCUGCCCGAAAAGCAGAUUCGAAGUACAUCUGCUUGGCUUCGCGAGGAUGGAUACUGAGCAGCAGCUGACGGAUGCUGCGCAGUCAUCAAGUAUCCUUCAGGUGCUGGAUGGCUUUCGAGGAGAGCGAUUCCUUUGCGAUGUAGUCCUUCAUCUGACCGAUAGGGAAGUCCCAGCACAUAAGGCUGUCCUAGCUGCAUUCAGUCCGUAUUUUAGAGCGAUGUUUUCGUGCGGGCUGGCAGAGAGCUCGAGCGGUGCGAUCACAAUGCGGCAUAUCGACUCACAGACUCUAGCCGACAUUAUACAAUUCGCCUACUCUUCAACAAUCAAGAUAACAGAUGAAAAUAUUCAAUCGUUGCUGACGACUGCGGAUAUGCUACAGACUCCGAGCAUUAAGAGCGCCUGCUGCAGCUACCUGUCCGCCAGACUACAGCCACACAACUGCCUUGGCAUUCGGGCCCUGGCCGCAACACACAGCUGUCACGAUCUCUACAACGACGCACACGGGUACACUUGCCGUAAUUUCAGUCUAGUCAUAAAAGAAGAGGAGUUUCUCAGCCUCUCCCGCGAAGAGAUUCUGCAAUUUCUGGGACCAGAAAAUGCGCCAAUAACGAGGGAUGAUAGCCUGUAUCUGGCUCUAGUGAGGUGGGCAAGACAUUCUCCAGAAUCGAGAAGCCCAACCCUGGAGUCACUGCUCAAGUACCUGAAUAUGACGGAUUUCUCAGGGACAUACAUCGACAAGCUAGAAACAUCCGCGUUGGCACAAGAUCGCCCACAGGACGCAUGCCAGCCUCUACACUGGAAAAAUGUUCUGAUGGCGAUUGGAGGGGAGGCGCAGGGCCAACUGCUCUAUACGGUCGAGUGGUACGUGGAGACGCAGCACAGCAGGUGCUGGACAACGGCUAUCCACACAACGUGCGGCACGACGCUCAGCACGUCGUCUGCCAGAGCUGGCAUGGCGACCGUCAACAUAGGCUCCUACGUCUACGUCAUAGGAGGCACAGGGCCCCACCAGGCUCUCAAAACCAUGGAACGAUACAACCUGACAGCAAACUGUUGGGAGGCUUGCAGUUCGCUGCUGUCGGCCCGACACGGAGCCGCGUGCAGUCUCAUCGACGGACAGAUCUACCUGCUGGGAGGCAGGGAUGAGCACAGCCACUACAUGAACACAGUGGAGAUGUACGACAACCAGAGCGACACAUGGAUGGAGGCAGCGCCCAUGCGGCAACGCAGAAGCUUCUUUGGUGCAGCAAGCUUUGGAGGAUAUUUGUACGCAGUCGGUGGAUCAGGUGGAAAUGUUGAGGAAACCAGCGAUCGAUUUCUGGACACGGUCGAAAGGUACGACCCGUACUCCCGGACAUGGACGACGGUCCGUGCGAUGAACCAUACGCGUUCUUACCACACGGUGGCAACACUAAACGGAUACAUUUAUGCCGUCGGAGGAUAUAACGGGAAGUGGCUUAACUGCGUUGAAAGGUUUGACCCUCAGAUAAACCAGUGGACGAUAGUAGCACCAUUGCACAGGCCCAGGAGCAGUGCUGCGUUGGUCGUCAUGAAUAACGCCCUCUACUGUGCUGGAGGUUUCAAUGGCAAGCAGUAUAUGAACUGCAUGGAGCGGUACGACCCCGGCACGGACAAGUGGACUGACUGCGCACCGAUGUGGAACAGGAGGUAUGCGAUGGGGCUAGCGGCGGUCACCGUUCCCGUCAAAGAGGAGGCGAAAAUGACCGCCCAGCGGGUGCCCGAGCGAAGUUACGGCUGCGUACACGUGGACGGAGCGCAUCGGUGAGAGACCGCGACCCUCAUCAGGCCUGUAGCAUACGGGACUGUGGAUAUAACCGGCAAUGGAACGCAAUGAGAAAUAUCAUGCAAUGUUUUCGUGUGCCAGUGUUCGUCUAGGUUUGUGCGACCCCGUAAGACUGCUCUAGUGAGCUGACUGCAGUCCAGAGGAAUGAUAGUAAUGAGGUAUUUUUUAUAGUUGAGAAUUGGAAAGACGGCAAUUGGUAGAAUUGGAGUGGUAGGCAUCUAUCAGCAAAUCCAGUUGCACACCAGGUAACCGUCUUACGGAGGUUCUACUGACUCGAUUCUUCUUGAUAAAAAUCGCAAUAAUCAUAGUAUUUUAACAUUGAAAGUCACUUAACUUGACAAUUAAAGCCGGGUGUUGCAACGCCCGGGUUUGUAAAGCUAGUGGUGACAAUGCUGGGUUGUAUUUGAUCUAUUUUCCUGCCGAGUGCAAUGGCCUGCCAAUGAAUACCAUGCCAAUGCUGACUGUUGCGUAGGCAUGUUAUAGGCGUUAAAUGUGUUCAUAGCCCAGCGUCGAUAUGUAGAGACAAAUGAUAUGAAAACCCAGCUACGUGUAGCAUGUUCAUUGUACUUUUUUUAACAGGUUUGGUGAUCUUGAGUGAUUGAUUCAUAGAACUAUUCAGCGUGCAUAUCUAUAGUUAUACCGAUUAAGUAUUCACAUUGUUAGGUAAUAUUGGUUGGUGAUAAAAUAUUUUUCUUUACCUUGACUGAUCGAUUUUGUGUAAUACUACAGAAACAUUUGUCUUUGUUUUUGUUUUUCGUUCAAUGCACACAACAGACAUUGUUUUACUUGGAUAUUUUGAAAAACACGUGAUCACUAGGAUCAUUAAUGGUCUUUUGCCUUGGUCUGCGUACAACCCCCACUGCCAGCCCUCUGACCUUGAGACGAAACAUUUGUCUUGAUUAUCAAACGUUGGAUUUUAACGCAAAUUAUUUUGAGACAAACGUUUUGUAUUUUUGGGCAAUGCACACAGCUGAUUAUUGUUGGGAAACGAACGUUUUUGUUGUAUUAUAUAAAGAAAUCUGCUGCAUGUGUGCAUUUGGCUUUGUGAAUACAA